AAAUCUUUCAAAUUUUGUUACAUAGUGUAAUAGAACAUUUAUUAACAUUACAUUGUCAGUAACAGAAGAUUUCUUCUCUCUUUCUUAUUGCAGACCUCAGUCUCCUUAAUACAUUGGUAAAAUGUCUCAUGGACAGAACGUGUCAGGGUCUGGUAGCAAAGACCAGUCUCAACCAGAAACAACUGAUUCUCUUUCUGGAAUUGAAUCAGUCGAGCCCAAACCUUCCAGUUCUCUCCUCACUGUAGAAAAUGUUAAAAAGCUCCAAGAAGACUAUCCUGUUACCAAAUCCAUUCUUAAUAGACAAUCAAUAGAAGCAUAUAUUGAUCAAAGUAAUCAGUUUUUGAAUGGGAAUGAAACUAGAACAGAUGGAGACACAGAGCAGAGUCUAACAGAAGAAAAAGAAGCAGCUUCUAGUGGAGGAGAAACCUGUAAAGGUCACACAGAAAACAUUGGAGAAACUUUGAAGAAAGAUUUGCACACCAGAUCUUCACCAUCUUCAGUUCGCGAAUACCAGUCAUCAAGUGGCCGAAAAUAUGACGUUGCAGAUCUGGAAACUCAAACAGAAUGGAGUUACUCAGAUAUAUCUCUGAUUUCCAGAAAGGAAACAGAAAAGACUCCAGAUCAAAGGAGCAUGGCUAGGAAGGAGAAAGGUUUAAAAAGUGCUGAUGAAGUCGUUGUCAGGCUGCUUGAAAGACGAAGAGAGGAAAGUGACUUUGACCGCAAAGAGGAUUACGCUCCUGAGGAAGAAACUGAUAUGACAAUACAGACUCUGUUCAGUCAUGAGGAUCAUUCGGUUACUGACCUUUGCCACCUUGGUUGCUGUGAGUUUUGUACUACCCUCCUAAAGCCUAUACCAACGCCAGAAGAACUGGAGGAGAAGCCAGAAAAAAUGGAAAAAUUUCUUUGUUGUAGGACUUACAAGGAUGUUUUCCAGUGUGUAAUACAGGAGCUUAUAGAAAGCAGCAGCCCAGAAAGUCAGAUAGACAUCACCCCUCAUCAUCGUAUUUCACAAACACUGAUGGACAGCAAGACUAGAAGGUUCCUGAAAGAUGAGCUACAAGAGCUGGGUUUUGAGAGGUACAGAGAGAUAUUUGAACAAUAUAUGAAAUUUGGCCCAUGUGUCAAAAUGAAAUUCAAAUUAUCAGACUAUCCACCAAAACCUAAAAUAGUCUCUAAAAAGACCCGUCCUUCCCCCAAAGAACUACUGGAUAUAGACGAGGAAUUCAAAGCAGAGCAAUUAAAGAUUUGCCAUUCUGACAAUCCCGUGAAGAGAUACUAUCCUAAUGGAAGGAUAUUCUAUCUUUUCUUUCCAGAUGGAACAGGCCAUGUUUAUUACCCAUCAGGUAAUAUUGCUAUCCUUGUAAUCUAUGCAAAAGAUAGUCAGUUCACAUAUAUCGUGCUACAUGACAGCAGUUCACAUGAAAUUCUGGCAUUCUUCGCAAAUCGGGGCUAUGCAACAUGUUACCGUCAAAAAGGAACUAUCUGGGUCAAUCUGAACCUUUGCACUGGAUCCUACUUUGAUGACAAGGGAAUCAGACAGAAGUACUGGAACUGGUGGGAUACCACCAGUCAUGUUCAUGCACCUCCUUUCCAGCCCAUUAGCAUUCAGCUGAAUGCUUACAUCCAGGUUAAAAUGGAAGCACAGGAUCGGAUCUUCCUAACAUUUACUCACAUUCAUCAUUGCAUCCAACUAAAUGUUGGUGCAAGGCUAAAAUUGAAAGAUCCAAAGAUGCUUUCGGUACUUAAAUAUCGUAAAACUUUGGGAGAUCAAAGCAAGAUUCUGAAGAUCAGAAGGCUCUUAACAAACUUCAAGCAAGUACUGAAAACAUUGCACGCUCCUCCACCUGAACAAAUUGAUGACCUGUGUCAAAUCAUAACAGAACUGUGUGGCCUAGCCCAUCAGCGAUGUAAAAAGACAGUUACAUUUAAACAAACGAAAUGAGGAACAAAUCUGUUGAAUAAAGAAAAGUUGCUCAACCAGUUUAAUGUGAAAAUAAUUAAAACUUCUUUUUAGUCA